CCUGAAGUUGUUCUUGUGCAGGUUAAAUUGUUGUCCUGAACUUGGAAUUUGUAUCUUGUUCUCUAAGCGGGUUCUGCUCAAUUUUCUUGAGUGUAAUACAUAUUUAUAAUGGAUUUAAAAUCUAAAGGUAUAGCCUGGGUUGGGAACAUUUAUCAGAGGUUUGAAACAAUGUGCCAGGAAGUCGAUAGCAUUGUGAACCAGAAUACUGUUAGAUAUGUUGAAAACCAGGUGCACACUGUGGGUGAGAGCAUGAAAAAGUUUUGCGAUGUUGUUCAAGAUAUUAUUCCUCCUAUAGUUGAUCCUGUAAGAUGUGAUGCUCAAGCAGUGGCUAUAAAAGGAAAUGCUGUUGUUGGUACCUAUAUUAAAUCUAUGAUUGGUAUUGAGGAAGAUCAUGGACGUAUGGAUCCCAUAAAGCAGUCAUUUGCAGAGCCCAGUGAUUUUGAUGUGAGGAAUCAGUCCAGUAAUACGUUCAGUGGACACCACUUUGGGGACACCCACUUUUUGUUAAACCAAUCAACUUACUGCAACCCCCAUGGAUUUCCCUUGAGGGUGACAGCCCAUUUGACUCUGAUCCAGGGAAACAUCAACGAUAUUUGUGGACAACUAUUUGGGCACACCAGGUCCAGUUGA